CUUUCGAGUCCCGGGUGCCGUCGGUCAGGUCCGGAGUUCUUGACCAUAAAUUAUUUUUAAUUCGCCUCGCCGGGCAUCGGUGGGUUUUAUUUAAAAAAAAAAAAUGUUUUUUCCUCCCCCAAAAUAUUAAAGUGAUGUGGGUGUCGAAUUGGUGCCGUGCGGACCCGGUGUAAAGUAAAACUAGUCGCGGCUGCUCUUGUUUACAUUCGACGCCGUUGCUCUGGUAAUGAGAAGCGUCCAAGAUGGCGUCCUUGUUAAAAGGCACACUUUACGAAAUCCGUGCUCAAGCUCCAGCACCGAGUAAGGAUUACCAUCAGCUGCUGGUGACAGACUCAGAGGUAAUCUGGAGAUGGUGGAAAAUUUCUCUUCGAAGGGAAUUUCGAAAUGUACAUCCUGGUGAGCAAAUAAACUCUCACCAGGAUUUCUUGGAGAAUUACAUGCUACAAGUUCAUAUUGAUGUAAUUUUUGGCAAUGAAGUGCUCAAGUAUAUUUGCAAUUUGUGUCAACAUCACUUUGAUUAUCUCGAUCGCAUUCCUAAUGGCCUGCUUAUGUACAUAAUUUUAUUUUUGGAUCUCGAGGACAUUGCCAGACUUUCCCAAACAUCCAGAAAAUUUGAAAAGCAUGUUCCACUCUCGGGUACCUCAGUACAAUUGUAUAAGUCUUGUGUUCAAUGCCAGACAGACUACCCAAAGGUAUGUAAUUCUGAAGAACUCUGGGAGCGUCUUGUUUUGAGACACUGUGAUACCAUAACCCCAGAAACGCGAGCAUUGGCUUCAGAGGUUGGUUGGAAAGAAAUCUUCUUCACCAACAAACUCCAGCUGCAGAAAAAAAUCCGACGAAGACGAGAAAAAUUUGGGCGUAUUGCAGAGAAUUUGCCUUUAACACCAUGAGUUAUAGACUUAAGGCUGCAAACAUAUAAGUUGCUUACACAAGGCUUUUGUGAUUUAUAUUUUUGUUUAACUUUCCUAAAGAGUGCCUAGUCUUUAAAUGCAUCAAUUCAUGAUAGACACAACUUUUUUUUUACUAAGUGAUUAUAAAUGUGUUACAUACUGUUGCUGUUUUCUUCAGAUUCACUGACAUAAAAAUUGGGCAACGUAGAACUCAUUUGUCAGGUACUAAAUAACCUCAAACUAAUGUGGGACAAGGAAGAGAGGUCCUUGGCUAAUGCAGGCAGUCGCUGUUUAAUUACACAGGAGGCUUCAUUUGGGCUGGAUGAUCCCACCAAUUGGUUUGCUCUGUGGCAGCCAGCAAACCCCAAUUUAAGGAAUCCUCUGAAGCAAACAACUAUGACUUAUUUAACUGCAGAUCCAAGAUUAAAGGACUGAUUACCGCUGCUCCCCACUUCACUAGCCCCAGAAAACAAUGUUCAGGAUCCCUGAUCUCCCUUUGCAUUACCCAGUCCUGCACCCUGCAAUGUAUAACUCCUGUGAAUGCAGCCUGCUGGAUCCAGGGUUUGCUGCCAGCCACUGCUAUUCCACACAUCCCAAGGCUGCCAAUACCCUUGGCAAAAUGUAACAGUUCUGGUGAUAGGCCUACCCACUGCUGGAGAGCUCUUGGCAACCACACCAUAACUAUUUCUGAGAACCCUGCCAGUGUUAAAUUCUGUUCAGGCAGUUUACUGGUUGUUGUCAGGACUUCCAACAUCUGCAGGGUCAAUCUACCAAAGACCUUUCUCUUGCAGAGCAGUUGUAUCAGCUCAGAGAGCUCCUUGCCAAUCAGAUGCUAGCAGCUCUCCAGUACCAGCAGCACCAACAACAGCAGCAAUCGCUGUGGUACUGCUGUUGGCCCAAGGAUGAGGAUUGAUCCAGAGCCGUGUAACGGGUGAGAUUGCUAGGGCCUGUCAGAGAGCCCCACAUAUGUCAAUGAGGGACAUCCGUGCAAACAGCUGGUGCUGUGUGUUCCCAUAGGUCCCUCCAUUACUGCUACGUAUCCCUUCAUUGGACAGAACCUGGCAAAGAAGGAGGCUACCUCACCCCACCAGACUGCAAGAAUACUUGCCAGUUAGCCACUUCAGAGUCUCUGUUGGUCUCUGUGUGGUCAUAUUUAAUUACAGGGGUGAGGAAGGUGACGGGGUCUUCAAGCUAAGCCUUCGUGCCUCAUUAUGAGUUCCCAGCCUGCUGUGAGGCAGACCAUUAAGUUCCAUCUCCUGUUUCCCACCACAGCCCAGCAAUCCUCCCUUAGGCUGCAUUCCUGUGGCCAUCUACAACACUAUCAGCAACUGGUCUACACUCCUUCCUUCUGUUGGACAUCUGCUGUGGUGCCACCUUCAUUCUAAAGAAAUUUGUCACUCAAAGUGCAGGCGUUCUUAGACAUUAUCUAUUCGGGUACAGAGAACAUGCCUUUGUGCAGGACAAGAACCUACUUUUGGCCUAUUUUCUAGCAAUAACUUGUUGCUAAUGUUACAAAAUUGUUUGGUAAUUGAAAUAAGAAAGUCAGAUUUUGAUUGUGCACCACAAGAUUUAUUUCUGUUGAUUUAACAGUCACCAAAAUUACGUCACAAUUUUAAAUCCCUUUGAUAUGUAUGGUUAGCAAGUAUUUUUGUGAAUUCACUCCAAAUCAGAUUCUGUUUCCUUUCCAUUGUGCACUUGCUCAGAGUAGCAAUCAUGCUAGAGCCCUAGAAACUCUUAGAAAUUUUGAAAUCUUAACUGCACAUCCCAAAAUUCUUCUUAUGAUUUGUGAUUAAAUGACCUCACAGAAGUUAAUUUUUUUGGAGAUAUUUAGGUACUUGCUUCAGUCAAUAAACAAUACAAAAUAUUUUGGCACCAUAAGACAGAGGAACAGAAAUUAGGCCAUUCAGCCCAUCAAGUCUUCUCCGCCAUUCAAUCAUGGCUGAUAAGUUUUUCAACCCCUUUCUCCCGCUUUGUCUGCGUAACUUUUGAUCCCCUUGACAAUGUCUGUCUUAAAUAAUACCCAAUGACCUGGCCUCCACAGUCUUCUGUAGCAGUGAAUUCCAUAGAUUCAUCACUCUCUGGCUGAAGAAGUUUCUCCUUAUCUCCAUAAAAGGUCUUUCCUUUACUCAACGUCUGCGCCCUCUGGUCCUCGUCUCUCCUACCAAUGGAAACAUCUUCCCAACAUCCACUCAGUCCAGGCUGUUCAAUAUUCUGUAAGUUUCAAUUAGAUCUCCCCUCCUCCUUCUAAACUCCAUUAAGUAUAGACCCAGAGUCUUCAAACGUUCCUCAUAUAUUAAGCAAAUAUUAAUUUUUGAGACUUCAAUGCUGAGCAUCUUUUUAUUUAAUCAUACUUUGUACCUUCAUGUUCUGCACUUUAGUUUCCCUUCCCCAUCUCCUGAAGUGCUGCUUAUUGCAACUGUAAAAAUGUCAUGCAUCAUUUGUAGCAAAUUGUAAAACUGUUCUCUAUAAGUGCAUGAAUGAUUUUCCUACAAAUACCUCUUAGGUGGGUGCACUGUAGACCCACAGCUGCUGCACAUUUUUAAACUGUUUGUAGCCAUCUGAGCUGAAAUAUCUUAUCCUUGCUUAGUGUUCUUUUUAACCAUCAUUAGCAAUGUAUAAUUUAGCCUCUCUAAAGCAAUCAAUUCCAACUGAACAGGCUGAAAACUCAUAAACUUUGUUUUGGAAAUAAAUUUCUUAGCCACCUUUAGAUCGUCA